AUGAACUUUAUAACGGAAGCAGAUCGAGCUAAUUUGGAAAAGUCUGAAGGACUAAAAUUAUUUUACACAAAUUCAAAUCAAAGCAAAGAAUAUGAAUCACACAUAAAUGUUUUGAAGGAAAUAGCUGAUGAUUAUGAAAAAAUAAAAAUAUAUGUUAUUAACAUGAGUAGCAAUAAUAAUAGUUAUGGAUUUGAAUUUUAUGAUGAUAGUAAAUUAUUAAAAGGUUUUACAAAUUGUCAUAUAGGAGCAAUAACUUCAUUUUUAAGAAAAUAUAUGUCAUCAUGUAACUAUGGAAAUGGUGAAAUGGAAAAUGAUAAUGAAAAUGAUGAAGAAAAAAUAAAUAAAAAAAUUGAAAACUUAUUAAAAAGUAAUAAGAUUAUACUUUUUAUGAAGGGAAGUAAAACAUUUCCACAAUGUAAAUUUAGUAAUGCUGUUGUUUUUAUGUUAAAUAGCUUAAAAAUUAAAUAUAAUACAUAUGACAUUUUACAAGAUGAAGAUAUACGAAAUAAAUUAAAAAUAUAUUCAAAUUGGCCUACAUAUCCACAAUUAUAUAUUAAUACUGAAUUAAUAGGUGGUCAUGAUAUUAUUAAAAGCAUGUACGAUACAAAUGAAUUAAAAGAAAUAAUACCUUCAGAUUGUUUCGAAGUAUAA